UGUUUUCUCCCUUACUCUUGCUAUACUUGUAUCACACUAGCGCCACAAUAAUAUUACGUUCGUAUUCAUAACGUGAAUAAACAUUCAUUUGCUUUGCUACAACUACUUUUCUUGCUGAUUCGGUGAACUUAUACUGUAUCAGAACAAUAUAAAAUGGAUUCUUUACGUGAACAAGUUAUGAUUAAUCAAUUUGUACUUGCGGCUGGUUGUGCACGAGAACAAGCUAAACAGUUACUCCAAGCUGCACAUUGGCAAUUUGAGACAGCACUGUCAAUAUUUUUUCAAGAGGUGGCCAUCCCAUCUGGAGCCAAUGGCAUAGCAGCACCACAUUACCAUCAGCAACUGAUGACACCAUGUAAUACUCCUGCCACACCACCAAACUUCCCGGAUGCUCUUGCAGCAUUUUCAAGAUUAUCAACAACGGGAAGUCCAAAUAAUGCAGGUGGAGGGGGUGUCAGUGGCAUGGCGCCGCCUGUAUCCCCUCUUGCUACGCAUCCUCCACCAACGCAAAUGCAGAUGAAUGCUUUUGCUAGUAACCCAAACCCGCAAUCAAAUUUUGCACCACUUUCCUGCUCAACUGCAAUUUGCAGAGAACAUAUGCCAAGAUAAGCUGAAUACUUAGGUUAGGAUCAUCUAUAAUUUAUUUUUAUAAUGGUGCGCAAUGUGAGCUGUGGGUUUGUGAAUAUUAUUUCUAACACCCCUCUGCAGCUUAAGUUUGCUGGACAAUAUAUGGGGUGAUAUAGUCAAUCAUGUUAAACAUAAAAUAUUCUCACUGUUCAUAUAGUGGUUUCUAAAACAAAAUGCACUAUAGAAUAAUAUUAAUAUUAUAUUAUAACAGUUUUUGAUACCUAUAGAUCUUUCACUGUGAUUAUAAAAUUUGGUAUCAUAACUAUGUAGUGGUAAAGUAAUGAUUAUGGCUGUAUGAUAAUUAUGAAAGAUGAAAUUAUUGUUGUUUUUAUUUUUCGUUUAAUGUUAUAUACUUUUCUAUACACUGUUUACUGUAAGCUAAUAUCAUUUUUGAAUAUGAAACGUAUAUUAUAUUCUUCAAUAUUAUACAGCUUCGUAAAAGACAAUAUUAAGGAUACAAUAAAAGUGAUUAAUUAAGAUAAAAUGUUCACAUGUCAUUUUUUGCAAUUUAAUUCUUGUAAUUAAAAAUAAAUAAGGAAAAUCAUUAAAAUAUGUUAAUUUCUUGUACAUACUUACCUAUCUUAAAUAAACAUUUAAUGAAAUGCUAAAAGGUUGUUGCACAAAUAUAACCUACUCUAUAAUAUAGAUCAAUUCACGAAGGCGCGCCCCUCCACGUUCAAUUAUUAUCGGCAUUCAUUAGUGACGCUCAUGCUCACAAGAUGUUUUAGUGUGUAUGACACGACUAAGAGUAAAGACAAAAAAUAUAAAUUAUAUUAUAUUUGUUACCUUUAUAUCAUUUAAAAGGGGGGUGGGGGCGCCUUUCUGAGCGAUAUUUAAGUGUUAUGAAGCACUACAUCCACUCAAAUUUUUAAUACAAAUUGCACAAUGUGUUUACAACAAAAAUAUAUAAAAAAAACGAAAUAAAAUUAGAUUUUUUGACAUAUUCACAUCUAUUUGUAUAUAGGCAAGUCACUACUUGACUUUUUUUAUUAAUAUUAUUAUACUUAAAUGUAAAAUCAAGAUCAAAAUGUGAGUUUUAGUUUUAUUUUAUUUACUAUUACACAUUUAUAUCCUUGAAAGUAUAUAAAUAAAUUAUUCGAUGUAGCAGUGCUUGUUGGAUAACUAGUUAGGAAAAGAAAGACAAAAAUGCAGAUAAGAGAAUUAAAUGAGUUUGAAAUAUUUAAUUUUAUCCUAUGGAGUCUGUGAAUGUUCGGAGGUUCGGGGCUAAAACUCG